CCUGUUAUUCUUUCAAGAGACGAAGACGUCCCUCUUUUUCCUGUGUAUUUAUCGCGGGAAAUUUGAAACAUGUUACGUCGUCAUAAAUUUAUCAAUCCAUAAAGUUGGCUAUAAAAAAUCGUUGUAGACGUUUAUAAAAUAUUCCACCAACAGAAAUCCUGUACGUAAUGAUGGAUGUACGAAUAAAGUACAAACCUCCGUUGACAAAAAGAUGUUCGCAAAGUAAAUUAAAAGAAAUUGCAAACGGCAUUUGUGCUAUUUUGAAUAAUGGCUACGAAGGCGGAAGGCUUAUUUUAGAGAGCGAAACAGGAUCGUUGACGGCGAAAGAUCAUGAUGAUACAACGCGUAAGAUAGAACAAUAUGUAGAAGACUCGUUUCCAAUGGAAAAUUUGAACGAUGUAUUGCAUAAAAGAAAGUAUGGGUUUGACAACAGCGACCGAGAAAUUCAUUUUGAUAUCAAACCAAUUAUUGGACUUUUUCCAAAGUUAUGGAUCGUCAACUACAAUGUUUGUCAAACCAAUAACUCAGAAGUUAAAAUAAGACAUUUUAGCAACGAACAGUUUUUGAAAUUUCUUGAAGAUAUGGAACAAAGAAAGACAAACUCAAUUUUAGGUAUGCACGAAAGAAAUUUUUCGUACAAUUGCCCUGUUAAUCUCGAAGAAAGCAGAGAAAUUCAAAUAAAGAUGCCAGAAAAAGUGGAGAGUAUUGAUAAAGAUUGUAAUAAACUCACGCAUUAUAUUUCAGCUUUCGCCAACGGCAACGGGGGAAGUAUUUAUUAUGGCAUUAAAAUGAACGAAGACUCUAAAAAAUACACAGUUUAUGGAAUGAAUGUGGAACACAAUGAGAAAAAAAAUGAAAUAAUUAAGAAUGUUACAAAAGCGAUUGACUGUAUGUUUGUUUGGCCUGUGUUUCAACCGGGCCAAGGUAAAGAAGAAAAAGCAGGUAGUUUAGUGAGAGGAGAAGACUGGGAAAUAUAUUUUGAAAAGGUUUUAAAUGUGAAACCGAAUAACCUCAAGUUUGUUAUUGUGAUCUCAGUGAAUCCUCUCAACCGUGCAGUAUUGAUAAAAAAACCUGAAAGUUAUCGCUUUGAUGCUGAUGGAAAAGUAGGAGAGAUGGAGAUAGAAGAAAUCAAAGAGCGUCUACUCAUGACUAACUACAGACAUAUUUUCUUUCUAGAAGAAAUUUCAGUACCAUUACAGGUUAGGCGUGCGGAAUGGAGUUCACAUGAUCAAUUCAAAAUUCACGUGACAGUCCUCGAAAAGCUUGUAAGUUAUCGUAACAAUGGUCUUGAUGAGAAAUUUUGUGAGUACAAGAAAGAGCUGCGUGACUCAGGAGAUUUUAUGAAAAUGUGCUUGGCACAGCAGCAAGAUGCUGCUGAUUGUUUGCAAAAAGGAAAACUGGAUGAAGCUGCAGAAAAAUUGAAAGAGAAUGAGAACUUUAUCAAGAAUGAACUUCAGAAACACCCAGAAUCAAAUGCCGCAAUUUAUUUGGUUCAUUACCUGUAUUGGAAAUGUGUCGUAAUGAGGGCUCAAGGGAAUUACACAGAAAGUGAAACCGAGGCAAUUAAAGCUCUACAGAAUGCAAAAGAUCUACCUGUAAUAUUAGUCGUUCCAUGGCUGCAUUUUAAUAUUGGUAAAAUAAAUGAAGCGAAUAUUGUUCGAAAACCCAAUGAAAUAGAAAACAUAAAAAAGAAAUUGAUAAAAUCUUAUGAAGACGCACUUCGUUCCGCCAUUUAUCUUUCAGAUUAUCCCGAGAAGUUGGUCUUUAGUUUAAAAUGUCGAACCAUCAUCAGCAUGGCAAGAGUAUAUUUGGGUUUAUUUUUUGACGGGAGCCAGGUCUUUUACAAACCGUGCAUGAAAGAUGAUGUUUACAAAGCAAAGGAACUCAUUAAAGUAGUAAAAGAUCCAGAAUUGAGCGAACAUUCUAACUUGACGAAGGUUACCAAAGCUGAGAUGCUUGUUGUGGAGUGUGAAUUACUUCUCAGAAUUUGGUUACAAAAAAGGAAAGGAAAUUAUUUGCAGAAUGCUUCUGAGAAAGCUGAAAAAGCUCUAAAAAUCGCCAAAAAGAAUAAAUUUGAAGAUGUGAAAAAGCUAGCAAUUUAUAGCACUAAAAAAUGUGAAGAAUUGAUGCAAGAGGAGGAAAUGUUAAAUCGAGUGUUCUAACAAAAUGAACAUUGUGUAUUUAUGUAAAUAUUUUUUAACUUUUUAUGUGUAAUCGUUUAUGCGUAAUGAUGAAUAAUUGAUCUAAUUUCAUAUCCAUUUUAUAUUUGUGAACAUCUGUAUAAUAACUAUGAUAUGGACUUACUUGUAAAAGACACACUCUUUAAAGUUUUUGUCAUCGCUGAUUAAAGUAGCUCUAAGCUUUCAGCAAUUCACACUUUUUGACAUCAGUAUUUUCCUGAAAAGGUGUAAACAAAGUCUGUAAUGUGUUCAUUUUACUCUUUUUCUUUAAAGUGUGACAAUACAUUCAAAAUAAAUUGAUCGACAGUCUA